GUCAUCAUCAGGUAAACUGUAGCAGCAGUCUACACACAAUUUAUACUUUAACAAGUUUUAUUCAAACUGAAAUCUUCGGUGUAUCGACUCCGCGGCGCCCUCUGGCGGAGAGCUCCGGUAGUGCACCCCCACCCAGCCAGCCAGCCCUCCACCGUCAUGUCGCUGUGACCGUCCCCUCGCUCCCUCUCCCUCCGCUGCCCAAGUUCACAAACCUCUGUCUGUGUGUGUGUGUGGAGCUCGGACGGUGGGAGUCUCUCACAUUCUACUAUUGUUGCGCGUCGGCUGGACGGACACACGCACACACACACACACACACACACACACACACACUGGCUCGCUCGCCUCUACACUGCGCAUCUGACUCUGCGCCGGACGGACUCCAACAUCUGAACUUGGAAAAAACUUCUUGGAACAUUGUCCUGUUUUGAUUCUGUUGUUGUUGUUGUUGUUGUUGUUGUUGUUGUUGUUGAUGGCGCGGUGUAACCAAGAUGGACACGGGCUGUGCGCCGGCUGGAGACUGGACCAGCGCUUCUCCAUCUAAAUGUAGCACUUUUGACUUGUUCAUCCGCGGGGAAACGUUCUAAUCCAUCGGGUGGAUGUAACCGGCUCUGGGUCGUUUCCACCCCGGCGGAGAGGGCACAGCCUGCAAUGAGCAUUUGAGGUCUGGGCUGAACUUUUUCCCCCUUUUUUUUUUCUUCUUUUUCAUCCGUUCCGUUCCCACGACUCGCCAUGUCGGGGGUGGUCCGCACCCUGAGCCGCUGCCUGCUGCCGGCCGACGCCGGCAGGGAGCCGGGCGGCGGCAAGGAGCGCGGCCGGGAGCGCGACGCGGCGCAGGAGCGCGAGGCGCGACGCCGGAGCCGCGAGAUCGACGCGAUGCUCGCCCGCGAGAGGAGGGCCGUGCGCCGGCUGGUGAAGAUCCUGCUGCUCGGCGCCGGCGAGAGCGGAAAGUCCACAUUCCUCAAGCAGAUGCGCAUCAUCAACGGGCAGGAGUUCGACCACAAGGCGCUGCUGGACUUCCGGGACACGAUCUAUGAGAAUAUACUGAAGGGAAUGCGCGUGCUGGUGGACGCCCGCGACAAGCUGGGCAUCGGCUGGCAGAGCUGCGAGAACGAGAAGCAGGGCAUGCUGGUGAUGUCGUGGGAGGGCCGCGUGGGCGCCACGGGCGUGGAGCCCGGCGAGUUCCAGCUGUACGUGAUGGCGCUGAGCGCGCUGUGGGCCGACGCCGGCGUGCGGGAGGCGUACACGCGGCGCGCCGAGUUCCAACUGAGUGAGUCAGUGAAAUACUUCCUGGAUAACUUGGAUCGUAUUGGACAACUGAGCUAUAGCCCGAGCAAGCAGGACAUUUUGUUCGCGAGGAAGGCGACGAAGGGAAUCGUCGAGCACGACUUUGUCAUCAAGAAGAUUCCUUUCAAGAUGGUGGACGUCGGAGGGCAGAGGUCGCAGAGGCAGAAGUGGUUUCAGUGUUUCGACGGGAUCACGUCGAUUCUCUUCAUGGUGUCGUCGUCCGAGUACGACCAGGUCUUGAUGGAGGAUCGAAGGACAAACCGCUUGGUGGAGAGCAUGAACAUCUUCGAGACGAUCGUCAACAACAAGCUCUUCCUCAACGUGUCCAUCAUCCUCUUCCUCAACAAAACCGACCUGCUGGUGGAGAAGAUCCGCACGGUGGACAUCCGCAAGAACUUCCCCGAGUUCAGAGGAGACCACCGCAGGCUAGAGGAUGUGCAGGCGUUCCUGGUGCAGUCGUUCAGCCGCAAACGGAGGAACCGAGGCAAGCCGCUGUUCCACCACUUCACGACGGCGGUGGACACGGAGAACAUCCGCUUCGUCUUCCACGCCGUCAAGGACACCAUCCUGCAGGAGAACCUCAAGGACAUCAUGCUGCAGUGACCGUCGCGCUGCGGCUCCUCCUUGGACGUAAACUGUGAAAAAACAAAGGAAGCAGACGUGGAUCACGUAUCACCGCUGACCUGUGGGGCCGUCAAGGCCGACCCACGGUGUGGAUCGAACUGAACUCUGAACCCUGUGGAGCCCCCCCCCCCCAAGGAGCGCUUGGCCUGUGAAAACCUGCGAGGGGAACAAGACCCCCUGUUUGUAAACUGUAAAAAAAAAAAAAAAAGUGUGUGUAUGCUGGAAAGACAGUCGCUUUGUGCUCAAGUGUUCUUAACAUACACGUCAGCGGACGCUGAACAGAGACAGAAGAGAGGACAAGCACCAACUACAUGACACGAGCACUGAAAGUGUGUAUUAUUCUUUUUCUUUUCUUUCUCUCAGAUGUAAAUAAUGACACCGUGUCACUAAACCAAGUCAGACUGUU